AUGUUCCGCGCGCCAUCGUUAGGUUCCCUUUUCCGUGUGUUCUUCGCAUUCUGCACGUCCCUUCCGCCGUCGUUCCUUUCCGCCGUCGUUUCUUUCCGCCGCUGCCCUCCGCCAUUUCCUUCCAACUUACUGAGUAUACCGCCGCCUUUCCUUACACCGUGCACUCCCCGCGUAUCCUUACCAGUGUGCAACCGGCAAGCCGUUGUCCGUAUCCUGCUUUCUAACCGUCUCCCGCCCCUCCUCUCCCACACUCCCGCCUCACUUCCCACCCUCCUCUUUCCCCCCCCCCCCUCCCCCCCCCCCCCUUUCCCCAUGCUCUCCCCCGCCUCCCCCCCUCUCGCCCCGCUUCCCCCCGUCUUCCCCCUCUCGGCCCACUUCCUCCCUCUUUCCGCGUCCCCCACCCACCCCACCUCCCCCCUUCCCCCAUUUUUGUUCCAUGGGGCUAUUCGGCCCGGUUCCGCCUCGCCUCGUGGGUCUUUUAUCGCAGGCUCUCUCGACCUCGCCCUUACCAACGCGAAUCUCAAAGGAGCGACGAUCCUAUUGGUCAACGGCACCAUCCCCGUCUCCUUCUCCGCACUCUCCGCGCCCCUCGCGCUCGGCGGGUACUCCCUCACCAUAGCCGCAGGCUCGCUCUCCUCCCCCUCCCCCACGCCCCCCGGUAAAAUCACAUCCAAGCCUCUCAUCAACUGCAAAAACGGGCCCUGCCUGAGCGCCGUUUGUGCUACUAACGGGGGUGCUGCUGGAGGUGCUGCUCCUGCUGUGCCGUGCGCGCAGGCGAGUGUGACUAUACAGGGGGUCGCUGUAAUGAGCGGGCUGAACAGGCAAGCCGGAGGGGGUUGCUUGGAAGCGGCGAACCAGAAGGUGACUCUAACGAGCGUCGAUUUCGCGAGCUGCAUCGCGUACCUGAACGGUGGCGCUGUCUCCAUAACGUCAUCCAAGGAUGUGACUAUGGCGGGUGUGACUGUGUUCGACUCGAAGGUCACCCAAGGGGGCAUCGAUGGUGGUGGCGGCGGCAUUGCCAUUUUCUGUGAGUUUCUCUCAUGCCGCCCUUCCAGUUCCAGUCAGCCUCUGUUCCCUCCCCCUCUCCUCCUCCCCUCUCCUCCUCCCCUCUCCUCCUCCCCUCUCCUCCUCCCCUCUCCUCCUCCCCUCUCCUCCUCCCCUCUCCUCCUCCCCUCUCCUCCUCCCCUCUCCUCCUCCCCUCUCCUCCUCCCCUCUCCUCCUCCCCUCUCCUCCUCCCCUCUCCUCCUCCCCUCUCCGCCUCCCCUCUCCUCCUCCCGCAUCAUCGUUGUGCUGCCACCCCUUUCCCCCUCCUGCAAACCCCUCCCUCUCCCUGCCUCCCCCCCCAUACUUCCCCCAACCCCAGCAUCCAAGGCAACACUCUCGGGUCUAGACAUCCAGUCAUGCCACGCGGACGAGAGCGUGGGGGGCGGAAUCGCCAUCUACUCUACCACCCUCUCCCUCUCCUCCUCCUCCAUCUCCGAAUGCUCCUCUCGCUUCCUUGGCGGCGGACUCGCCUCCUCCUCCUCCACCGUCACACUCAAAUUCGUCCAAAUCACCAGCACCAACGGCAGCUCCGGGGGGUGCUUAUCCGACGCCUCCUCUCCCUCUCUUUCUGUCCAGUCCUCCACUUUCUUCGGGUGUUUCGCCGCGUCGGCCCGCGAUUACGCCCCUUAUAGCGACGACCCGUCGUACGGUGGCGGAUUUUUCCUUAACGGGACAGUAUCUACUGUAGUUUUAGACUCUACUAUAGACUCUACCACGUCUGUCUAUGGCGGAGGCGGGAUCUACGCUAUGGGCACGAGCUCGAUCUCGAUCCAACGGUCCACAAUCACCCGCUGCACGAAUUACAUGGAGAGUGGGACGGGGAUUGGUGUGGAUUGCUGGAGCCUGGAAACAACAGGAAGCGUGGAGUUAAUCGAUAGUAAUAUCCUGGAUAAUACGGGGUAUGCCGCGGUUAACCUGGGUGUCGGGGUGUAUUUAUCGGACGUCAAUGCGGUGGUGCGCGGUUGCAAUAUCUCGGGGAACAACGGGCUGAUGACGGAGGGGCUUAAAGCCCAGGGAGGGGGCAUCAGCACGAACGUGUAUAACAAGGUGGACGUGACGUUUGAGCUCUCCAACUCCACCGUCAGCAACAACUGGGGGCUUAAAGCCCAGGGAGGCGGUAUCAGCAUGAACGUGUAUGCCAAGACGGACGUCACGUUUGACUCUACUAUAGACUCUACCACGUCUGUCUAUGGCGGAGGCGGGAUCUACGCUAUGGGCACGAGCUCGAUCUCGAUCCAACGGUCCACAAUCACCCGCUGCACGAAUUACAUGGAGAGUGGGACGGGGAUUGGUGUGGAUUGCUGGAGCCUGGAAACAACAGGAAGCGUGGAGUUAAUCGAUAGUAAUAUCCUGGAUAAUACGGGGUAUGCCGCGGUUAACCUGGGUGUCGGGGUGUAUUUAUCGGACGUCAAUGCGGUGGUGCGCGGUUGCAAUAUCUCGGGGAACAACGGGCUGAUGACGGAGGGGCUUAAAGCCCAGGGAGGGGGCAUCAGCACGAACGUGUAUAACAAGGUGGACGUGACGUUUGAGCUCUCCAACUCCACCGUCAGCAACAACUGGGCGUACAUGGGCGGGGGUCUCUACAUCGCAUCGCCGGCAGCCACCAUCAGCAACGUCACCUUUGGCUACAACUAUGCCGUCGCUUCAGGAGGCGGAGUCUACUGGCUGGACGGUGGCAGCAUGUCAAAGAGCCGAGUGGAGGGCAACGUGGGGGACAUGGGGGGGGGCGGCAUGGCAGUCAACACCAUCAACGCCAUCACUUUGGACGAUUGUGACUUUGUUGCUAACGAGGCUACUACUGGGGAGGGCGGAGGCGUGCUUAUAACGGAGGGGCAAGAGACCGACGUCACAAUCAGCAACAGCAGGUUCUCUCAGAACAAGGCCAUGGCAGCACGAGGAGGGGCCGUGUUCCACAGUGGGACAGCCCUCUCCCUCCUCUCCACCUCCUUCCAAAGCAACUCCGCUGCAAAGGGCGGCGCACUCGCCAUCGUUGGCUCUGUUCUCUCCUCCUCCUCUUCCUCCUCCACUCCCACCGCUCCCGCCGCUCCCGCAGCUCCUGCCACUCCCUCUGUCUCCACCGUUGCUACAGUCACUUCCUCCUCGUUCUCCCUCAACCACGCUGACCUGGCGGGCGGCGCGGUCUACGCAGCCAUGACCGGCGACGCGCGAAUCACCGACUGCCAGCUGUCGCAGAACGACGCGACGACAGGUGGCGGGGUGGCACUGGAGGAAUACAGUGUGCUGAACAUGCAGAGGACCGUGUGUGACGGCAACAAGGCGAUAUCCGGGGGAGGGUGUUUGGCGCUUAUUGACUCUACAUCCGGUGUGAUUGUAAAGGGGGAGGUGAAGGGGAACGAGGGCGGGAGUGAGGGAGGUGGGGUUCGUGCGAGCGGUUCUGCGAAGUUGAGUGUAUCGGGGGUGAUUAUAGAGGGGAACAGUGCGCAAGGGGGUGGAGGGUUUGUCUGGGCAGAAAUGGAUUCUCAGGUGAAUGCAUCGGGCACCACGUUCCGAAACAAUUCUGCCCGGUUUUACGGCGGAGUGAUCUACGCCGUCCAUUCGGCCAGCGUCGCUCUCACAGGAUCUGAUCUGAUCGCGAACAGUGCGGAUUUGGGCGGCGCGGCGCUGAUCGAGGGGCGGGCGGUUUUGUCCUCUUUCAACUCGUCGUUUUCUGAGAAUGCCGCCCAUGCAGUGGUGGUGAGAGGCCAGGCACAGGCAAUCUUCAUCGGUGGUAGCUUCAACAACAACACUGCUGCCAACAUCCCGUCCUCUUCCUCCUCUUCCUCCUCUGCUUCUGCUGCUGUUUCAACCAUUCCGACCACCACUGCCACCGCCACUGCCGCUGCCACUGCUACCGGAUUUUCUGACUCCGCCUAUCCUUUCUCGCCUUCUAUCCGCAUGGCUGCUGCCUUUGCGGCUGCAGUUACCUCUUCCAUCGAAUCUGCUAGCCUGACCACCAAAGGCCUUACUGCUAGAAUCCUUGCUGCUGCUUCUCCUUCUGCUCCUGCUGCUGCUGGUGUGGCUGGGAAUGUUACCGCCGGCCAAGGCGGUAACAGCACGGCAGCUGGAGCAACAGCAGCAGGAGGAGCAGCAACGGGAGUGGCGAGCCCUAUGGGCGACGGUGGCGCGCUCCACGUCACCGACUCCGCCAUCCUCGUUAUAAACAGCUCCACUCUCGCCGGCAACACCGGGAGCAGCGGCGGCGCCAUCUUCUCCGAUUCGCUCGCGACCGUCUCGAUCAACGGCUGCGAUUUCACCUCAAACUCUGCCAGCAAGGGAGCAGGAGCCCUAGCCACAGGCAACUCCUCCCUCUCCGUCUUCCUGUCUAACUUCUCCUCGAAUGCGGCGUCGUUCGGCGGAGGUGGGCUGUUCUACGAGGGUAACUCGCAGGGAAGCAUCUUGAACUGCUCGUUUGUGGGGAAUGAUGCCAAGAAGGGAGGCGCGGCUGUCCAGGGCGUGGCAUUCUUCGACACGUCCUUCUGGCCGGGCGUGCGCAUCACGUGUGCUGACGCUGAUAGUAGCAAGCGGGACACCAUCGGCACCCCUCCAACAUCCUUCUCGCUCAUGUAUCCGUUCACAGUGAUGGGGGACACGCAGACGCCCAUCGCCAACAUCACCGUCACCAUCCUAGACGCCUACGGCAACGCUGCCACGAACGACUUCUCCUCCACCAUCGCCAUCCUCACUCUCCCUCUUCCUUCCCUUCCUGCUCUUCCUUCCCCUUCCCUUCCCUUCCUGCGCUUCCCUCACUUCCUUGCCCACCCCCAACCCCACCCGCAGACGCCCAUCGUCAACAUCACCGUCACCAUCCUAGAUGCCUACGGCAACGUCGCCACCGACGACUUCUCCUCCACCAUCGCCAUCCAGCCCGACCCGCGCAUCUCCGGGCUCCUCCGCGCCACCGCCCUCCGCGGCCGGGCGGUCCUGCCGCCCGUUUCCCUCGUCCUGACGCCUGAAGACGCCGCGAAUUUCACCCUCCCGAUCACCGUCAGCAGCCCGACGGACGCGUACCCGCCGAUCAGUCGCGAGCUUGAAUUCGGGUUGUGCGAUCCGGGGAGCUAUUUCUCUCUGGAUGAUCUAGCUUGUUUGCCUUGUGAGGUGGGGUUCAUGUGCCCGGCAGGGCAGGGCGCAGUGAUGUGCGAGGGUGGGACUUUCAGCUUUCUCCCGGCUGCGAGCGAGUGUGCGACGUGCGCGGAUACGGUCACCAUUCACGGGGACAAUGCCAUGGAUUGCACCAAUGGCACCUGCACCAUCGCUGCGGAUUUCUGGUUGAACCCGGGGAGCGUUUACACUGACAACCCCACAGUAUACUACUGCGACGUGUCGAACGGCUGUGCGGGCUACGAGUACACAUCCCCCAACGACUCGCAGUGUGCGGAGGGGUACAACCAGAACCGCCUCUGCUCCAUGUGCGCCCCCGGCUACUACUCGGUCAUCGGCACGUGCUACCAGUGCACCUCCUGGAUGGAAACCCUCUUCUGGUUCUUCUUCGUGCUCGUGAUCCUGCUGUGGGUGGCGACGGCCGUCUUUUCUGACCGCUUCCACUCGGUGUCGAUGAUGAACAGUGAGCUGCAGAUCCUGGCUGUGCUGGGCUCUGUGGAUUUGCAGUUCCCCGACUGGGCGAGAAAAGUUGUGGAGCUUUCAACACUCAGUCUCUUCUCCGUGAUCCUGGAGGUGCUGGGGUCCGUGGAUCUGGAGUUCCCUGACUGGGCCAGGAAGGGGGUUGAGCUUUCAACACUCAGCCUCGUCUCCGUGGUCCCGGCAGUGCUCAAGGAACCUUCCGCCUCUUAUUCCUCCGCUCCCUCCCUCCCACCCCACCUUCCGCCCUUUCUCCCUUCCACCUCCUCUCCCGAUCAGGACAUCCUGGGCCCCGACUGCAAGGUCUCCUUCCCCUUCACGUCCCGCUGGGCGCUCACAAUGAUAGUCGCUGCCGUGGGUCUCGCAGCCUACGCGCUGCUCUUUGCCGUGCAAGGCACCCUCCGCCGCUUCUUCCCCUCACCCGCCCACUCCUCCCACUCGCACGGCCACGCCGGGGGGAAGGGAGGGGAGGAGAAGGGAAGGGGGAAGGGAGGGGAGGUUGGGGGGGACAAGCCGUCGGCGAAUCCGCCGGCCCCUCUGGAGGAUAUUUACAUUCACGGCGCGGCCAACUGGCUGGACGUGUGCUAUCUGCCCGUCACUGUCCGCUGCUUCCAGGCCUUUUCCAAGAGCACGUACGACAUGACUGUCAUGACCUUCUCCCCCACGGACCUGUGGAGCAGCUCGGCGCGCAUCACGCUGUUUGCCAUCGCCAUCGCCGUCACCAUCGUCUUUGUGGCGGGCGCGCCCAUCUACUACGCGCUCACCAUGCUCUACGGCAAGAAGCAGAAGCUGCUCGAUACAAGGGCGUUCCGCGCGCGCUGGGGGUGGAUGGUCACGCGAUAUGAAUAUCGCUAUUUCUACUGGCACCUCAUGCUGUUCGCCAGGCGGAUUCUCGUCGCGGCUCUCUUUGUCUUCCUCAUUGACUCGCCUCCGGUUCAGAUGACUGUGCUCUUCCCCGUACAAGUCAUUCUCAUCGGCCUCCAACUCGCCGCCUCCCCUUUCGUCGCAUCCACCCACGACGCGUUCGCAGCGAUCCUAAUCGUCGCCGAAAUGAUCUUCAUCAUCGCAACCAUGGGGUACAACUUCGUGCAGCUCGAAACGCUCCCUAAGAUCGGUUUCGCGCUGGUCAUCGUCGCCUUCUGCGUCCCCACCCUCCUCGUCUUCUCCUACGAAUCAGCCAACCAUCUCCUGGUCUGGAAAGUCCACGGCGCAGCGAAAAGCCUCUGGGCUCUAGACGACGAGGGGGAGGGUGGUGAUGGAGCAGAGGGAGCGGGAGGGAAACCCGGAGCAGGAGCGGCUAGUAACAAACCGGCGAAGCAUGUGAGGGAGGGGGCGGUGGAGGUGUCGCCUAGUGACGUGCUGGACUGGUUCCGCCCACACAUUGCAGCUAUCAUCCUGCUCCCAGGCCGCGAGGAAGAGCGGAGGCUGCUGAUGAAGGUCCGCCGAGCUUACGAGGCUUGCUGCUACCCCCUCAACUCCCCAGCUGCUGCUGCUUCUCUUGCCGUUGGUGGUGCGGAAACCGGCAACGGCCCUGCCGCCUCCGCCUCUUCCUCCUCCACUGCCCUGGUUCCCGCACCGGAAUUUGGAGACACCUCCUGGAUCAAGGACCUGAACAAGUCGCAGCGCUUUGCCGCUCUGCAUCAGAUUGUGCUGGGCGCAGCAGUGGGGAGGCGCCCUGUUGCCCGCGUGCCCUUUGAUGCCCGCGACGUGCCGGCUAUCUGGACCACGUCCGGUGGGGUUGUUAUCGCGGGUAUGGGCGUUGUUCCCACCACUAGCGGCGGCGGUGGCGGGGGGACGGGAGCGCAGGAGAGCGAGGGGAGGGAUAUUGCUUCUGGGGGAACGCUGAGUUCGCGGUAUGGGUAUGGAAGCACCAGCUUUUACAGUGGAGCGGGCGGCGGGCCGGGCGGCGCAAGCACCCGCGUGCACGACAUUCUAGCGUCCUCGCGGUUCAUCAGCAAGGCGAUGCGGGAAAACGCCAAAACAGACCGCCCGGCACUGGUCCGCUCGAAGAAUAUCUCGAUCAAGAAUCUCCGGCCGCCCAAGCCGCCCCAGCCGCUGCCGCAGGACCUGUGGCCGCCGCCCCUGGAGGAGUGCGCCACGUGGGCGCAUGUGAUUGGGCGGCAGCAGGCGGCUCAGAUGGAACGAGACGCUGCAGUGGCAGAGGGGAGGGAGGAGGAGGAAGAGGAGGAAGACGAAGGGGCCAAGGAAGAAAUGGCCGGGGCCCCUGCUGGGUAUGCAAACGGCGGGUCGGAGAAACCGAACGGUGCUGUUAAUGGCGCUGCGAAUGGAGGCGAGGCGAACGGAGAGGGCGAGGAGGAUGAGGAGGACGAGGAGGAGGAAGAGGAGGAGGAGGAAGGGGAGUAUCUGGAAGCGUGGUUGGACAGCAUGGGUAUCUCCCUGGCGUUCCAACAGAGCUUCUCGCAGCUGACUCUGGUGGAGAAGAAGAGGAAGCCCCAGUCGCUGCGCCGCCUGCUCACGUCUGUCAAGCUGCCAGACAUCCUCGGCUGGCUCUCGUCCCCCUUAUGCACCACUGCUGACCGAGCCUUGUUUGUUCGUCUGCUAGCUGCCGUGCGGGCGGCGACAGUGGAGGAUGCGGGCGGCCCGCGUUGGAGCAAGUGUCUCGUGGUGGCGUUCCAGGGCAAGGCCAACACCACCCGCAAAGUGGCAGCAGCAAGGACAGUGGGACAGCCGCCACUAGGCAGUGAGGGUGCCCGGGGUGGCGUUUCAGGGCAAGGCCAACACCACCCGCAAAGUGGCAGCAGCAAGGUGAGGGCGAUGGAAGGGAUGUGUGAGCAACGUGAGAAGCGCCAUAGGAGUGUGGCAGGGCAGGCAGACCCAGACGAGGCAGUGAGUGUGCCUGGUGGUGGCGUUUCAGGGCAAGGCCAACACCACCCGCAAAGUGGCAGCCGCAAGGUGAGAGCGAUGGGAGAAGGUUAG